ACUAAGAACUUGGACUUCCGCCGAAAGUGGGACAAAGAUGAAUAUGAGAAACUUGCAGAGAAGCGGCUCACAGAAGAGAGAGAAAAGAAAGAUGGCAAACCAGCUCAGCCUGUCAAAAGGGAACUUUUGCGGCACCGAGACUACAAAGUGGACCUGGAAUCGAAGCUGGGGAAAACCAUCGUCAUCACCAAAACUACCCCUCAGUCAGAGAUGGGAGGGUAUUACUGUAACGUAUGCGACUGCGUGGUGAAAGACUCCAUUAACUUCUUGGAUCACAUCAAUGGCAAAAAACACCAGAGAAAUCUGGGCAUGUCCAUGCGGGUGGAGCGCUCCACACUGGACCAGGUGAAGAAACGCUUUGAGGUGAACAAGAAGAAGAUGGAAGAGAAGCAGAAGGACUAUGACUUUGAGGAGAGGAUGAAAGAACUCCGUGAGGAGGAGGAGAAGGCCAAAGCCUACAAGAAGGAGAAGCAGAGAGAGAAGAAAAGGCGGGCGGAGGAAGAUUUGACAUUUGAAGAGGAUGACGAAAUGGCAGCUGUGAUGGGUUUCUCUGGUUUCGGCUCAACCAAAAAGAAUCACUGAGCAGCUUUGGACUCUCCUCUUUCUUGAAACAGAUUGUUUUUACCCAGGGGACUCUGGAUAACUCUUAAAAGACUUGAUUGAGGACUUGUAUGUAAAUCUCCCAGUAGAAGUUGGCUGGAGGAGUUGAAAAGCGAUUCCAUGCUCUACCUGUGCUGCAGAACAAGCUCCGCCUGUCGUUAGCUUCCCAUCUCCUUCUGUGUCCUAGAUCUAGCAGCUCAUCACUGCUCUAUGGCCUUGUGUGUGCAGGGAAGUGUUCUGCUGGGUACGUUUCUGUGUCAAUAAAGUACAACAGUUCUCUACAGAUGGCCUGGUUCAGGAUUAAUCUAGUUGUCAACCAGGCAUCGUUGUUUCGGGCCCUAGUUGUUCUAGUUUUCAACCGGGCUGUGUGUUUGAGACGCAGGGAGUGAUUCAGUUUCUUUUUGGAUCAUGUAACUGAAGGAAAUGUGCCGGAGCGAGCGGUGUUGCACGGUACAGCCUGCAUCUUUAU